GGACGCAGGAAAUGACGUAGGCGUUUAAUGUGUCGAAGGAUGAUGACGUCGGAAAACGCUGUGAGAAACACACGAGGGUUGGAUUGAAAAUCUCUGGUGUAUUACACCGUGAUGGGUAAACAGAAAAAACAGAAAUAUGCUGCGAUGAAAAGAAUGAUAAAUCUAAAGGACAAGAGAAUAAAGGAAAAGGAUAGAGCAAAAACACAAAAAAAGAAGAAAGAAGAUCCCUCUGCCAUUAAAGAGCAAGAAGUAGCAAAGUAUCCAUCAUGCAUGUUCUUCCAGUACAAUACUCAACUUGGACCUCCAUAUUAUAUCCUUGUUGAUACCAACUUCAUCAACUUCUCAAUUAAGGCCAAAUUAGAUGUUGUUCAGUCAAUGAUGGAUUGCCUUUAUGCUAAAUGUGUUCCUUGUAUAACAGACUGUGUGAUGGCUGAGCUUGAGAAACUAGGCAUGAAGUACCGAGUGGCUUUGCGGAUAGCAAAAGAUCCUCGCUUUGAUCGCUUGCCUUGCUCACACAAAGGAACAUAUGCUGAUGACUGCUUAGUCCAAAGAGUAACACAGCACAAAUGUUACAUUGUGGCCACGGUGGACAGGGACCUGAAAAGGAGGAUUCGAAAGAUUCCCGGAGUGCCAAUAAUGUACAUUUCGGAUCACAGGUAUAACAUUGAGAGAAUGCCGGAUGAUUAUGGUGCACCAAGGUUGUAAUACAACGGAUGACAUUUUAUUAUUUUUUUAUUGUUGUGAUAGUAAAUAUUAAUAUCAAAAAGACAAUUACCCCAAUAUAAUUUUUCCUAUAAAAUACAUUGGUUCAAUAUUUCUCAAUAAAGAUUAUGAUGUGGCA